AUGAGUUUUGCAAAGAAAAACUCUAAUAAAUUAUUAAAUAAAAAUGUGAGUUGUUUUAAAAGCCUGCAGGGAACAAGCGGCAAUAAUAAAGUCUUAAGCUCAUUAGAGUAUUACUUUAAGAUUGGUCGCAUUCCUUUGCAACACUUCAAAUCAAAUUCGGUUGCAGAAAUUUAA